AUGCCAGAAGUACAUAAUAGGGCUAUUGGAAGCGAUUCACCUGUGUUUGUGACCGAGGAAGAAAUGUACGUCGAUGAUUUUAAGAAUAAAUCUAUGAUGCCAGUUGACGACUUGGACAGAACAAAUAUACGACUAUAUAAAAAAGUGAUCGAUUUCAAAUUAACUGAUGUCGCAUUUCCAGAACUUAUGACGGCUAUUAAACAAAGUUGCCUUCAUGAGUUAGGAUGGUGUUACAAGACACUACCUAAUAAAACUGCAAUCGACUUAUAUUCGAGGUCCAUUUUACUGAAAGGUGAUAACGGCAUGGUUUUGGAAAUUUGGCCGCCAAAUCAUCAAUCAAAACUUAUUCAGCAUUUGGGCAACACGCAUGGAAUUAUACGUAUUCUGCACAAUAAACUAUUGAUUGAAUUUUUAUCCAUACUUGAGUAUUAA